AUGGGAGAAAAAGGGACAGAAAAAGCAAUUGAUUUUGCUUUAAAAAAUAGUGACCAUAAACUACUUGAAUAUUUACAUUCGUUAGGAUAUAAAGGUACAGAUUGGGCAAUUGAUUUUGCUGUAAAAAAUGGUGACAUUAAAGUACAUAAAUAUCUAUAUUUAUUAAAAUAUAAUGGUACAGAAGAUACAAUUAAUAAUGUUGCAGAAUAUGACUACAUUAAAGUAGUUGAAUAUUUAGAUUCUAUAAGAUAUACAUGUAUAAAUUUAGUAAUUAAUUCUGCAAUAAUAGAUAACCGUCUUGAUGUACUAAAAUAUUUACAUUCGUUAGGAUAUAGAGGAACAGAACAUACAAUUACUUGUACUGCAUCAAAUAAUCUUGAAAUAUUAAAAUAUUUACACUCUAUAGGAUAUAAGAAGUCUAAAUGGAUAUUUAAUUAUGCUGCAGAAAAAGGUCGCCUUGAAGUAAUUAAAUAUUUACAUUCUAUAGGAUAUAUAGUAACAGAAGAUACAAUUAAUGAUGCUGCAGAAAAUGGUCACCUUGAAGUACUAAAAUAUUUACAUUCGUUAGGAUAUAUAGGAACAGUUUAUGCAGUUGAAAACGCUGCAGGAAAUGGAUAUAAAGGUACAGAAUAUGCAAUUGAAAACGCUGCAGAAGAUGGUCACCUUGAAGUACUAAAAUAUUUACAUUCGUUAGGAUAUAAAGGUACAGAAUAUGCAAUUUCAACUGCUGCAGAAAAUGGUCACCUUGAAGUAAUUAAAUAUUUACAUUCGUUAGGAUAUAGAGGAACAGAAUAUGCAAUUUCAACUGCUGCAGAAAAUGGUCACCUUGAAGUACUGGAAUAUUUACAUUCUAUAGAAUAA